AGCUCCUCUAUGUUAUUGAUAUAACGAACCUCUCGCCUCCUGAGAUAUAACGCUACAGUAAUUGUCGAUAAGAUCCUCGGCCGUUCGCUCCAUUUUAUAAAUCAAAUCCCAAAUUAACGAAUUGAGAUAAAAAUAUCCAACAAUCACUGAGCACUCAUUAAAAAAUCGUUCAACUACUGACAUUUGCUUUCGCAGGCACAACCACGUGGCUCCAUUGGCGGGAUGGACUCCAAUUUCUUCCAUCAGAAUUGAAUCCGGAAGGGUAGAAUGGCUGAUAAGACCGACUCCUCGUCCAGCCAGAAAAAUUCAAAUGGAGCGCCUGGGGAUGGCAUCCGCUCCCUCAGGAGCACGAUGCUCUUCAGAGCUGUCAACUAUGAACUCUAUGUGAAACCAAAUAUAGUUAUAAUGGCAUUGGGUCUGGCUGCAAUUGCAGGAUGUUCUGGCUACAUCCUUUAUAUGCGAUCGAAAUAUGAGGACAUGGGGUUCUACACUGCUCUCGAAACCGAUGGCAAAGAGACGUUCAAAAAGAAAGAGUCGAAAUGGAAUACAUGAAUUAUUAAAUCAUUCAUUAUCUUCAUGUGUACAUACGCCUGAUGGAAUCACAGAUUAAUUCUGAGAUUUCUGUAAUUUAUGAGGUAUAAUAAAAUAUUAAAUAG